CGCACACGGGACUUGGAGCGCCGGAUCCUUCAGCCCGUCUAGCGGCUCUCUUCCCGCAGUCGGCCGCUGUUCGGAGGAUGACCGCGGAUGCUCAGCUGCUUCAGAAGCUUUGAUGUUUACUCCAUGAGAGCAGACUUUAAGGGGACAUAUUUGGGACCGGACGGGAGCAGGAACCUAAAGUUGCGCACACUUUUUUCCCAUUUUCAUCGUUGUUGGACGGAAUCAUACAGAACUGGAGAGGGCUAUCGAGGCCUGAAGGCGCUGGGGAAGGAGUUCACUUUUUUUCUCUCCUUCUCUCUCACUCCACGAGAGCUAUGAGCGGACUGCGCAGGCACUUCAGCAUGGGACUGGCGCUACUGAUGUGCGCGCUGACCGGCCACUGCGGCGAGAGCGCGCCCUCGGCGGCUCCGGCGGCUGCGGCCGCGGGCGGCAGGGACGCGCAACGGGACUUGAGGCGGAUGGUGGAGAUCAUUAAACACGUGGAGGAGAGCCGGGGUCGCCACGGCGCGAAAACGGAAGCCCCGUCGACGGCGCGUACGGGGAGCCCUCCGGCGGAACCGAAGGUUUUACGCAGCUCCAAAACAAACAGAGAGGAAAAGGCUGUCGUCGUAUUCCCCAGAGAUCUCCGAAAGAAGGAGAAAUUCCUAAAACAUAUAACAGGUCCGCUCUACUUCAGUCCCAAGUGCAGGAAGCACGUGUACAGACUCUACCACCACACCAGAGACUGCACGAUACCUGCAUACUUCAAAAGAUGCGCGCGGCUUCUCACGCGCCUAGCCGGCAGUCCGCAGUGCACGGAGGGGUAGCGCACGCAAGGUUGAAGCCAAAUACAAGUUCUCCAGAGGAAAAAAACUUGGGAAAAAAGUGCCUUGGACAGUAAGAGGGAAGCCUAAAAUACUCUGACCAGCCCCAACUGAUAUUAGGCACAGUACUGCCCUUCAGUGAGGUCUGUUCUGCUAAGGUGUGGAUUACCGCCACCCACCGCUCUGGCUGGGCCUCGAUGGUUG